AUGGGAGCCAUCAAAUAUGUAUCAUCAAGGUCAAAUACUCCAACUGGCGAUUGGAAUGAAGGUUUUGUUUUUGUUGUCUCUUUUCAUGCUCAAUUAUUCAAUACCAUCGAGGCAAGAAAAAAAAAAAGGUCUUUAGAAAAUGAAAUUGAUCUCUUUUCUUUCUUUUUAAUAGUUUGA